AUGGGUGAAGCUCUGGCGGCCGAAUUAGGACUGCAGCUUGUGCGACAACACCAGCUUGGUGUGCCCAUUCUCGAGAUGGAUUGUGAGACGAUCCGGAAGCGUAUCUGUGAUGCGAACAGUGACCAGACAGAGCUUGGAGUGAUAUGCAGAAAUAUUAAGAGGCUUCUUCAGGAACUGGGUGAUGGAGGUUGCAGACAUGUAUACCGAACGGCAAACGCGGCAGCACAUAUCAUGGCACAUACCAGGACAAGAUGGAAUGAAACUGAAAUUUGGUUUGAUAGGCCACCUAUGAAUGUAAUCGACCAGCUGGAGCUGGACUCUGUAAUGGCUACUCUUUCUUAA